UGUCAAGGGGUGACAACUAAACUCACCAGGAAUAUGAAUCAGUCUGUGAGGACAGGAGUGGCCCCCAGGGCCAGUGUGUCUUGAAGUCAGUGGUUUCUGUAUUGCCACCUGACUCUCCUCACCUCUCUGGUCUUUCUCCUUUCUCACAGACCUGCCACGGUAACAGCCAUGGAUCAGUUCAUCUCAGCCUUCCUGAAGGAUUCGUCAGAAAAGAAUCUCCAAAAAUUGUCUGUGGAAUAACUGCCUCACUACUCUUCAUUAAUGAGUAAGGCAGGAGGCAUGCUUUCUCCAGAAACUCUGAACUGUAUUCAAAAGGCCCUCCAGGAGGGAAAACUGACCGAUAUGGUAAGCCAGAUUCAGAAAGCCCUGGCUGCGGCAGAAGACGCUUCCCUGAAGAUCGCUGUCAUCGGGGAGUCUGGGGCUGGCAAAUCCAGCUUCAUAAAUGCCCUUCGAGGGCUGAGCCAUGAAGCAGAGGAAUCAGCUGGUGUUGGGGUUGUGGAGACCAAGGCACAGAACCCCUAUCAACACCCAAAAUAUCCCCAGGUCACCUUCUGGGACCUGCCUGGGACCGGGACUCCCAAUUUCCUCCCAGACACUUAUCUAGAAAAAGUGGGAUUUGCUGACUAUGAUUUCUUCAUCAUCAUUUCUUCCUCUCGGUUCAGCCUCAAUGAUGCUCUCCUGGCUCAGAAAAUCAAGGAUGUGGGGAAGAAAUUCUACUUUGUUAGAACCAAGGUGGACAGUGACUUAUAUAACGAAGAGAAAACCAAACCCACAACCUUCAAAAAGAAGAGGGUCCUUCAGAAGAUCCGAGACUACUGUCUGGCUAAUCUCAGUGACGUUGGAGUGUCUGAACCACGCAUCUUCUUGAUCUCCAACUUUGAUCUGGCUGACUUUGAUUUCCCAAAGCUAGAGGAAACUUUGCUGAUGGAGCUCCCUGGGCACAAGCGCCAUACAUUUGCGUUGCUGUUGCCCAAUAUCUCUGAUGCAUCCAUUGAGAUAAAGAGACGUUUUCUCAAGGAGAAGAUCUGGCUGGAGGCCUUGAAGUCAGCAGCUGUGUCUUUCAUCCCCCUCAUGCCCUUCGUGAGUGGCUUCGAUUUGCCUCAACAAGAACAGUGCUUGAAGGAUUACCGAAACUAUUUUGGCUUGGAUGACGAAUCGAUUAAAGAGAUUGCUGAAAAGCUGGACACAUCCGUGGAAGACAUGAGGGGCCGCCUCAAGUGCUUGGAUUUCUGGUCCCUUGUAAAGGAUGACAGCAUGCCAGCAAAAGUCAUGAAGGGCACUGAAUCUUUUUAUGCGGUGAUGGGAGGUCCUGAGUCUUCUGUCAUCCAGGGUUUUAAAGUCUACAUUCUCUGCUUAAGAUUCCUUGACACGGUGGCUGACGAUGCUAAGCAUCUCUUGAAGAUGAUAUAAAUAGUAAACAUGGCCUAG